AUGGCGACAGCGCCUUCCGGUGCCGCGAGCUGGCGCAAGAUGCAGAUACCGCGACCGUUGCAACAACUGUUCAACCAUUUCCCGCUGCACACCUACGACGCCAACCCUCUUCCCGAGAGGUCACAGUACCUCACAUCAAGUGACCUCCCAACACUAUACGUUUUCUCCACAGAAUCGGACGCCCGGCUAGGUCUUCCGAGCUUCAACCCGGGCUGCCUCAAGUGGCAGACCCUCCUCCGCCUCGCCAAACUCGAUUUCCACGUCCUCCCCUCGACAAACCACGCCUCCCCCACCGGAUCGCUCCCUUUCCUCCUCCCCUCACGAACCACCUCACCACCAACAACCCCCCCGCUCCCCAUCCCGGCCUCCAACCUCCUCGCCUACGCCCGCAAACAACAACAACAACCCAAGAACAAAUCUCAAUCCCAGCCCUUCCCCGACCUCGACUCGACCCUCCCCGCCCGCUCCCAAGCCUACCUCUCCCUCAUCACCCUCUCCCUCCGCAACGCCUGGCUCCACGCCCUCUACCUCGACCCAUCCCACACCCGCCUCCUCCAAGACCUCUACGUCCGCCCGGCCUCCUCCUCCCGCAGUGUCCAAGCAGCACUCCUCUACCAACUCCGCCGCGCCGCCGCCGAACAAAUCAUCACCAGCACCGGCGGCAAAGUGGUCUCGCUCUCCCCGGUGAACAGCGCCGCAGGUGUGGACGAGGAGGCCGUAUACGCUGCGGCGCGGGACGCGCUCGACGCGCUGGCUACUUUGUUGCGUGAGAGUCGGACGGGGUGGGCGUUUGGGCGGGAAGAGCCGGGGGUGUUUGAUGCUACGCUGUUUAGUUAUGUUCAUCUGAUGGUGGAGUAUAUGUCGGAUGAGGGCGUGGCGGCGGAAGCAGCAGCAGGAGGAGGUGGGGGAGUGGCGCUGGGGAGGUUGGUACGAGAGGCUGGGGACGGUGAGUUGGUUCGGCAUAGGGAGAGGAUGUUACGUGUUGCGUGGCCGGAGUGGGAUGGGUAUCGGAGGUAG